AUUUUGUAGCAGUAUUUGCUGUGUCAGUGUGAUUUUCUGUCCGCCAUUUGCAUUUCUGAAAAAGGAAGGAGGCAGCAGUGCUGAAUUAGUGAAUGAAAGCUGAUAUUUCUCGUGAUUUUCUACGCCCAACUUUCCCUCUGUACUUUUCUUUCCUCAUUCACUCAAUUCACAAACCUCCUCCUUCUUCUGCCCUAACCCUAUUCUUAUCUCCUCUUCCCUCUCUUCAGGAGCCCUAAUUGCAAUUUGUUUACUCUCUUUCUGCUGGUCUCGGUGAACCCAUUUCAGGAGCAAGUGGAGUUCUGAAUUUCAAGUUAUUUUGGUGGCCUCUAUCUGUCUGAGUAAUCAUUGAAGUAUUUGGAUGCUUUAGGAAAUUGGGAAAGGGGUUUUGCAAGGCAAUUCAAAUCUGAAAACCAAUAUUGUUAAAGAGAACCUUAAAUGAUAUGUGAGGUUGUCUAAUUACAGAGUUCUCCUCUAUCCCUGAAAUACUUAUUCUGAAAUGGGUUAGUUUGAAUUGGUAAAGCUAAAGCCAUAGUAGCUUGCCAGUGCUUGAGUUGGUUCCAGCAAAGGUUAGUAUGGCAUCAAGCACCCAUGAAAUUGUUGAAUCAACUGACAAAUUGGAUGCUGGAUCUAAAAUGGGUGAGAAAGGCAGAAAUCAGUGCUUUCCAAAGUCAGGAAGAAAGUAUUCUAUUGAGGAUGAUAUUAAUCGUCUUUUUGGGGCAAUUGACAUUAGGAUGUCUUCUAGGUCUCCUGGCGUAUCACAUGACACUUUAAGGAGGAGCACUAUGAAAAGACCAGUCAGAGUUAGUUCAUCUCAAGCUUCAAGGAUUGGAAUUUCGGAGCCUGUGAACUUGAAGCAGGCACUUAGAGGAUUAUGCAUCUCUCAGGCAUCAGAAAUGGCUGCUAUGAAGAAGCGGUUAUCAAAGCCAGCAGGUUCAGCGGGGGUCUUAGAAUCAGGUUCUAUGAAGAGAUUGUACAGGACGGUGAUAGUUGAGGCCAGUGGAUCCAACCGUCCCCCAAAUGAAGGUAAAGGGAAAUUAGUAGAAAUCUCCCUUGUUCCAGAAAAUAUCUCAUCAAAUUCUUCUGACCCAAAACCUCUGCAGCCACUGGAGGAAGAGUUUUCUGACCAAAAUGAUCAUCUAUCAAAUUGUUUGGAUAAUGCACCAACAGAAAGAGCAAUGAUGACCGAAUUACCAUCACUGGAUCAUAUUGCUCCUUUUCCAACAGAAUCUAGGAAUGGAGUAUUGGUGGCAGGGCAUAAAAAUUCAAAAUCCAUUUCGACUCAGAAAGUCCCGGAGAUAGGUCCUGCCUCGCUUGAGGCUUGUGUUGAAGCAACUCUUCCAGACAUGAAGCAAAUGAGCAAGUUGCAUGAUGGAUCUUAUCUCCAUACUUCUAGUGCUGCUGGUAGGACAAAAUCUGCUAGGGAUAGUUCAAGUCUAAUCAAACAAAUCUUCUGGAGCAAGAGAUUUGUUAGGAAGAAAGUGAAGCAGAACCUAGAUUCUAUUGCCAGCAGUUCAAAUCUCUGUAAUCAGAAUCUUAGUCCCGUGCAGAACUCUCCUCUGGGGAACAGGAGGAAAGAAAAUAUAGAAGCUUCUCCAGUAUCCAGAAGCUCUUGUCACAGCAUUGAAGUCAAUUCAGGGAUUGUUGAGACAAGUUUUGAACCAGCUUCCAUUUCAAAGUGCAGUAACAAAACCAGAGCCAUGGUGACCAAAGCUGACGAAAGAUCAAGAUCAAGAUCAAGAGACAAGGGAGGGUUUUCCCAGAGCUCAAAAAGUAGCAUUGCAGACUACAGUAGGAGCACAAGUACUAGUGAGGAAAGCAAUCUCAGCACACCUAGUUGCAGUGGUGGUAGGCCACACAUGUCAAAAAAUUUGAGGUGGGAAGCUAUUCACUCUGUUCAGAAGCAGCAUGGGAACUUGGGUUUGAGGCACUUCAAGCUUUUAAAGAAAAUUGGUUCUGGGGAUAUUGGAACUGUUUAUCUUGCUGAAUUAACUGGUACAAGCUGCCUAUUUGCUUUGAAGAUUAUGGAUAAUGAAUUUUUAGUGAGCAAGAAGAAAAUGGCUAGAGCCCAAACUGAAAAGGAGAUACUGCAAAUACUAGAUCAUCCUUUCCUCCCUACCCUAUAUGCCCAUUUUGCUACAGAUAAAUUUUCAUGCUUGGUUAUGGAGUAUUGUCCCGGUGGAGAUUUGCAUGUGUUACGGCAGAAGCAACCUGACAGGAGUUUUUCUGAACCAGCAACCAGGUUCUAUGUUGCUGAAGUUCUCCUUGCAUUGGAGUACCUACACAUGCUAGGUGUUGUAUAUCGAGAUUUAAAACCGGAAAAUAUCUUGGUUCGUGAAGAUGGUCAUAUCAUGCUCACAGAUUUUGACCUGUCACUCAGAUGUGCUGUCAAUCCAGUGCUGCUUAAAUCAUCUUCACCUGCUGUUGAUCCUAAGGAGAAGAAGUCAAAUCCAUGCUCAGAAUCUAGCUGCAUUGAACCUUUCUGUCUCAAUCCAUCCUUUCAAGUUCCAUGCUUCACUCCUAGGCUUCCAUCACUCGCUCCCAAAUCAUGGAAGAUAAAAUCUGACUUGGCUGCUCAGGUUAACCCUAUGCUACAGCUUGUAGUGGAGCCAACAAGUGUGCGCUCAAACUCAUUUGUUGGAACGCAUGAAUACCUAGCCCCUGAGAUUAUCCAGGCCGAAGGCCAUGGGAAUGCUGUUGAUUGGUGGACGUUUGGUAUAUUUCUAUUUGAGCUAUUAUAUGGGAAGACCCCUUUCAAGGGUUCAGCAAAUGAUGAAACACUAGCAAAUGUGGUGUCACAUAACGUUGGGUUCCCCAGUAGCCCUAUAGUCAGUUUCCAUGCAAGAGAUUUGAUCAGAGGGCUUUUAGUAAAAAAUCCAGAGAAUCGACUAGGAUCAGUGAAAGGAGCUGCAGAGAUCAAACAGCACCCUUUCUUUGAAGGCCUAAAUUGGGCACUCAUAAGGUGUGCAACACCACCAGAGAUGCCAAAUUUCUGCAAUGCUGGAAUUGCUGCACCAGUUACAGCCCUACAAACAGAAGAGCACACAGUGUUCGAUAUGUUUUAGCUAGAGCUUAUCAAAUAUUGAUGAGGAUCAAGUCUCAGUCUCUGCUUAACAGAGUGUUGUUUCUGAUCCCCUUGUAACUCAUAUAAUAGCAUAGUGUAUAAAUACAAAUGUUAUUCCUAAAACAUGACAAGUCAUUAGCAGUAUGAUAUAAAUAUAUACUGUAGAA